UCCAGACGAUGCUGCUCCAGACGACGCUGCUCGAGUGGCUCACCGACACAUCGUUCUUUGACAGCAUGCAAAAGUACGUGCCGUUCCUGAUGCCACUCUCGCUCGCCGAGCAGCAGCGCGUGGUACGGAGUCUACCCGCCGACGACCAAGCGCGGCUGCUCAAACCUGGUCUCCUCCACCUCCUCCCUGACGCGGUGCAAGAGACGUUGUUGCCCGAGAGCCCAUUGGAACGGAACGAUGAGAUGGUCGUGCUACGCCGGCGGCCGUCGUCGGCCGUUGUCGCCCAGUCGACGCCGAGCUACUCGUUUGGCUUUGACUUUGCCGCCGCCACGAAUACUCCACCCAAGGACGACCCAACGAUCCUCGCCGACUUGAUCCACGCGCGUGUUGCCUCAACGAUCCAGCAAGUGGUCGCACUGCCGUCGCCAAAGCUAGUGAACCGGACGGCGGCGAUCUCGUCCUGCCUCUUUGUCUUCCAGCUCACACGGUCGGCCAAGGCGCGCGCGCAGUUUUUCAUUCUUUGCCGCGUCGCACUGCUCUCCGUGCUCGGGACGGUGGCGUGCGCGUCUCUGUCGGUGCGCUGCCUCCAGCUCAUUGCCGCCUUGCCCCGGUCGUCCCAGCGCUAUCUCCAAUACGCCCAGCAACUCUUGCUGCAACAGCCGUCGUCCGUGCUCCGGCUACGCCACACCAAGGACGGCGACGACGAGGCCAAGCAUCGGUCGCGCUGGGCCACCGUGUCCAAGUCGGUCCUUGCCGCUGUCGCCAUUGGCUACGGGCUUCGCAAGCUCCAGCGCUAAACUGUAAUCAUCGAGCCGUAGAGAUGCCACUUGCUUGGUGCCAUGCGCUCUUACCAGC